AUGUCAGAACCCCCUGUCUUGGAGCGGCUACCGCCCGGAACUGAGCUACACGUUGGAUCCCACCGCGCAAAGAUUGUCAACUACAUCUCUGCCGGCGGGUUUGCACACGUGUAUCUUGUCCAAAUCAGCGAGAAGCCGGAUUUCGCUUGUCUCAAGAGGGUGGUUGUGCCCAACAAAGAAGGACUUAAUUUACUGCGUGCGGAGGUCGAAGUGAUGCAAAGACUUGCUCACUGCGACUACGUGGUAAAAUACAUAGACUCCAACGCGUCCAGAGUGGCAAACACCCACUCUUACGAGGUGCUUGUGCUGAUGGAAUUGUGUCCCAACAAGUCAUUGCUGGAUCACAUGAACGCCCGUCUAAGCACAAAGCUGUCGGAACCGGAAAUUCUCAAGAUCAUGCUGGAUAUUUCACAAGGUGUGUACGCUAUGCACAAGCUCAAGCUGAUUCACAGAGACAUCAAGAUCGAAAACGUUUUGAUCGACGAGAAGUACACUUUUAAACUGUGUGAUUUCGGAUCCACCUGUCCUGUGCUGCGUCCGCCGCGCAACCAGCACGAGUUCCAGCUAUUGACAAACGAUAUUCUUAGACAAACAACCCCGCAGUACAGAGCUCCCGAAAUGAUCGAUCUGUACCGCGGAUUGCCCGUGGAUGAGAAAUCAGAUAUCUGGGCCGUUGGCAUUUUCCUUUAUAAAUUGUGCUACUACUUCACGCCGUUCGAGACUGCUGGAGAGCUUGCCAUUUUGCAUGCCGCUUACCGGUUCCCGUCGUCCCCGCAGUACUCCCCUUCGCUGAAAAACCUCAUCAACAUCAUGCUGCAAGAGAACCCAGUCUACCGUCCAAAUAUCUACCAAGUCAUUGCCGAACUGUGCCACAUGAUGGACAAGGACGUCCCCGAAGGCAUUGAGGACUUCUACAGACAGGGAGAGUACAAGUAUCCUACGCCAGAGCAGGUGCACCCGCCAAUCCAGCAAUUCACAGCAAGCAUCAUCCCAAUGUACUCUCCGUUCAAAUCGACACCGCAAGACCCUGUUGUUCCUGUCCUCACCGUGGACACUGCCAAGGAGCAAGGCAACACAUCGAAGGAGCAAACAGGAGCGUCUUCUGCGGGUCUGAAGACCAGCCAUCCAUCUCAAGAUUCCUUGGUCGAGUUUAACAUGGACAAGUUCCCUGAAAUCCACCUGAGUGGCGAGUCUGCGACCGCACCGGUGGUUCAGCCGACCCCAGAGAAGCCUCCAGAGCCUCCACAAACGGAGAACCAGCCAACGGUGCAGCCUGAUUCUACAACUUCGAGUUCCACACCUAUCAAGAAAAAAUGGUCUGCCAACAAUCCGUUCCCGCAUGACCUGAUAGACCUGUCGUCGGACGCGCAGCCGGUGCCAGCAGCUGGGCCAGCCGAGCCUUCCAAGCUCCAGGACUCUGCAGACGCGCUCCACAAGCAAUUGGACGGGUCGGUCACCAGCCUCACCAAGCUACAAAUUUCGAGUUCCGAAAACGAGGCUAAGCCAGAACCUGAAAUCGAUGAAUUAAAGUCAGAAACUGCAUCAACAAAAGCUACUUAA